UCAGAUGAGCUUCAGCAUUUAAAAAAAAAACAAGAAAAGAAAGAGACAGAACAGUGUCCUUCGCUCCUUUUCCCCAUUGAAAAAAUCUCCCUUUCUUUCUCUCCCUGCUCUAUUCCGAUCCAGAUGGUUCAGUUUGCACCAGGGCGCGCCGUCGGAUGUGAGAAAGGAACAGGCGCUUCCCCUUUGGGCCACUUCAGGACCAUCCAAUACCCAUGCGAAGAGAGGCCGUGGGGAAAGAGAGACACGUGCCCAGCGCUCCUCUGGGCUCAGUCCCGCAUUGCAUGCAUGAUGGAGGAAACCACCAUGUGGUCAAACACUGAAGCCUGCAACUUCAGGGGCCUCCAAUACCAGGAGGCUGAAGGUCCCCGAGAACUUUGCAGCAAGCUCCACAAUUUUUGCAGGCGAUGGCUGAGACCAGAAAAGCACACCAAAGCCCAGAUGCUGGACCUGGUGGUUCUGGAGCAGCUCCUGGCUAUCCUUCCCCCAGAGAUGGAGGGCUGGGUGCGGGCGUGUGGAGCAGAGACCAGCUCCCAGGCGGUGGCCCUGGCAGAAGGCUUCCUCCUGAGCCAGGCGGAGGAGAAGAAAGAGCAGGUUGAAUUGCAGUCCUUCCCUGUGGAGAUCAGAGACCCUGCGGGAAAGAGGAUUCCAUUCAGUGCCCCUCAGGAGCUGUUUCUCUGGAGGAUCCCUCAAGAAGAUCAAAGUCGGGACAUCUCGGGAGGGAAACACAGAAUGAAGUUUUCUGGUCUGUAUGACGGAGCCGGAACUGUAGUUGGGCCUUCAAAUCAAGGGGGCCUUGUGACGUUCAAGGAGGUAGCUGUGAAUUUUUCCAAGGAGGAGUGGUCUCUGUUGGAUCCUGACCAAAAAUUUCUACAUUGGGAAGUCAUGCUGGAAAAUCAUAGGAACUUGGACUCUCUGGAUGAUAAUGGGCAGGAAAGUCAAGAUUCCUGUGUACUAUUCCAAGAAUUCAGUGAUGGAGAAGGAAUGGAGAAGUCUGCAAUUCAGAUGGAAGCAGAAGGCCAUGAGAGAAAGCAAUCAAAUAAUCGGAGUCAGGACAGCUCAUCUUGCAUUAAUGCUCUAGCACAAGGCUUUCUUGCCCCAAAAGUGAAAACAAGGAAAAAAGGUUUUGGGGAAAAUAUGAACCAAAUCAAAACUAAAGUACAUGGAAAUGAACACUAUCCCAUCCAAAACAAAGGAGAACAUGCUAUAAGAAGACAUAAUAGAAAAAAUUACCUAGAGACUUCUGUGCUUUUUCCUGGAAAUAGGUCCCUUACAUCUCAAAAAGGGAUCCAUGCAGAAGAGAAGUCUUAUAAUUGUGUGGAAUGUGGGAAGAGUUUUAGAAAUAGUAGCCAACUUACUUCCCAUAAAAGGAUUCACCCAGAGGAGAAGCCAUACAAAUGCAGAGAAUGUGGGAAGAGGUUCAGAAGAUGUAGCAAUCUUAUUUCUCAUAGAAAGAUCCACGUAGGAGAGAAGCCCUAUAAAUGCAUGGAGUGCGGAAAGAGCUUCACUUUUAGUAGCUCUCUUACUUCCCAUUACUGGAUCCACAAAGGGGAGAAGCCACAUAAAUGUGUGGAGUGUGGAAAGGGCUUUACUCGUAAAAGUAAUCUUGCUAUCCAUAAAAGUAUCCACAGAGGGGAGAAGCCCCACAUAUGCAUGGAAGGCAAAAAGAGGUUCACUUAUAGUAGUUCUCUUACUUCCCUUUACUGGAUCAACACAGUGGAGAAGCCACAUACAUGUGUGGAGUGUGGAAGGGGCUUUACGCGUAAAUCUAAUCUUGUUAGCCAUAAAAGGAUCCACACAGGGGAAAAGCCACAUAAAUGUCUGGAGUGUGGAAAGAAUUUUGCUGCUAAAAGUUAUCUUACUCGCCAUAACAAGAUCCAUGCUAGGGAGAAGCCAUACAAAUGUAUGGAAUGUGGAAAGAAUUUCCAUGAAAGUAGAUCAUUUAUGCUACAUAAAAAGACCCACACAGGAGAAAAGCCUUACAAAUGCAUGGAUUGUGGAAAGACCUUUACUCAUAGUAGUCAUCGUACUUCCCAUAUAAGGAUUCACACACAGAAGAAGCCAUAUAAAUGUGUGGUGAAUGGAAAGAGUUUUUGCAAAAAUUGAACCCUUAUGUUACGUAAAAAGAUCCAUGCAGGAGAAAAGCCUUAUAAAUGAAUGGAGUGUGGAAAGGGUUUCAGCUGAAAGGGCGAUCUUACUUGCCAUUUAAGGAUACACACAGAAGAAGCCUUAUAAAUGUGUGGAGUGUAGAAAAAGCUUC